AGUUCGAUCCACAUAGAAACCAAAACCCAACAUGGCGGCGUACACGAAUCUGUCAAACUUCUGAAUGUGCCCAAAAAGUUUGUGUAGCUAUACAAAUAAUAGGACAUCAUGUGUGCGAGUAGGGCAUCUGAGAGAAAUGCAAGGGAGUUUUAUGACACAAAGCAGAGGGCAGUGAAGUUCUACAAGGAGAAUGGCAUACCAGAAAGACUGGAGGAGAUUCUUAACUCCAUGUUUUAUGAAAACCCUCCAGAUGUUUACGGCCGAUUGUCAGAACAUUUUGAGACAUUGUCUAUGCCGCCAGUCAUCGAUAAGAUAACAGCACGAGAAGUUUUAGACAGCAAAGGACAGCCCACUGUACAAGCUGAGGUUCACUGUAUUGUCAAAGGACUUGAAAAGCAUGUUUCUACUGUAACCAUGGCCAGUACAAAUACACUCAUGGAAAACGCCCCCAUUGAGAAGAAAGAAGUCGAUGAGAAAGAAAGACAGGACUUUGUGGAUGCAGCUAUUCAGUUUAUCCAAGGACCAAUCAAUGACUCUGUUAGUGGUGGUUGUCCAGCCAAUCAGAGAGGAGUUGAUGAAAGUGUUUGUGGACUCCUUGAGAAAUUCAAGAAGGAGAAGGAAGAGAACGAUCGUCAAGAGCAAGAGAGAGCUGCUGAGCUAGCGUCUCCGCAACCAGAACCCGUCAAAGAGGAGAAGAUCAUUUCACCAAAAGGAAAGAAGAAACCAGGGAGUGCCAAGUCUUCUAUGGUCGUUGCCGAAGAGCCCAAGGAAAAAUUACUCCCAGGAUGCAAUGCAGCAUGUGCAGUGUCACAAGCUGUUGCCAUAGCAGCAUCAAAAUUACGAAAAAUAGAGCCUUUCCAGCAUGUGGCAAGUUUGACCUCGGCACAGGAACAGCAAGAAGUUGAACUUCCAUUAUUGAUGGUAAAUUUGCUGAAUUCUGGCAAGGCGUACCCGGGCAAACAAAACCUGAUCAAGGAGUUACUCAUCAUUCCCAAACCAGGAAAGACUGUCAAAGAGUCAUUAAAGCAACUGACAGCUAUCCAACUUCAAGUCAGCAAGUUGGUGUUUCCAAAACAAGGGGUGGCAGGUUCCUAUGUGAAUGAUCUAGGUGGCUAUUGUCCGCAGUUUGACCGUCCAGAACAGUUACUUGACCUUGCCCAGGAAGCUAUGACCGCCUUAGAACUGACCCCAGGGGAAGAUGUCUUCAUUGGUAUUAAUUGUGCCGCUCAGGAGUUCUUUGAUAUGGACAAAGGAAAAUAUGAGAUGGUCCAAGGAAUGCUAAAGUUAGCAGAUGACAUGAUAGAAGUCUAUGCUGAUCUUAUCAAUCGCUACCCAGCAAUUAUCGCUUUGAUUGACCCCUUCAAGAAACAGGACGUUGUACAAUGGAGCAAACUUUGUGAACGUUUCAGUGAGCAAUGUUUCAUCAUUGGAGAUCAAGCGUACCCUAGAGCAGAGAGAAUGACCCUGGAAGGGUUGGGAGGACUUCGCUCCACUGCUGUUUCCCUUAAACUACAACAAAUGACAACAAUUAGCAAUAUCAUCGAUGCAGCUAAAUGUGCUCAAGACAAUGACUCGGUUGUCAUGCUAACCAGUGUACUUGGGGAGAGUCCAGACAGUUUCCUUGCUGAUUUGGCUGUUGGUAUCGGUGCAAGGUUUGUCAAGUUUGGUGCCAUCAACCGAGGUGAACGGAUCGCUAAAUUCAACCGCUUGCUUGAGAUUGAAGACAUUUUAAGCUCUCUGGAUAGAAUCCGCACAAGAGAGGAAUUUGGAUUCCCGGUGAUCAAGCCCCCAGAGCCUGAGAUUCCCCCUGGGGAGGAGGUCGACACCAAGGAAUGAAAUGAGACUUAUUGACAUUGAACACUUCAUCACUGAACGCCAAGAGAUCAGAGUCCAUCAGGGCUCAGAUAGGUACUCCUUGAAUUCAGUUCAUGCAUGGUUACAGCACUGCAUGGUUUUAAAGUUAAACAUCCAGCACAGUUACUUUUGAAACACAGAGGAAACUAAUAUAGACCUGGGCUUAAUCUUAUAAAGCUGCUUAAGCACAAAAAGAGCUAAGCACAAUAAAAUUAUGCUGACUAGACUAUGGUUAUCAUCCAAACUACUAUGUCACAUGUACAAUUUGUGGCUGGUAUCCUGCUCAUUUCUGCUUAGCAGACAUUACUUUUUGCCUUAGCAGCUCUUUGAAAUUGUGCCCAGGUUUUCAAUUAUGUCAUGAUGGCUCUGCAUAUCCCAAGAUUCUGCGUUUAUAGUAACCAUUCUCCACUCACAGGGUUAGCACAAAAUGUCUGCGCUUGGUAUUAAUAAAAAAGAGCGCUUACUACAUGAAGCACACGUGGAUGAGAAAAAUACCUUGCUAACCUGAUUUAUAUGUCAAGUGUGAAUUGUUCUACUACUGUAAGCGCUGAUUUUAAUCUUGGGUAUAAAGCAGAGUCGUACUGGUAUCUUCUAGUAAAUAAUUUUGUUACAUAACCUCAUAUUAACAAAUGUUACAUUUUUAAUCUCAUCCUAAACCUAAGGAGGCAAGUUCUACUGGCAAUGCGAAGGCAACCAAUGUCACUACUGCCAAAGAAACACUUCAGUAGUACAACAAAAAUCUUGAGAACGGUGUCAUGUUAUCCACAUGGUUGAUAGAUGACAAAUCAAUAGAAUUUUGGUUUUUUUGGGGCAUGGAACGUUGCCUAUAAACUGCCUCAUGUGACACGACCUGAUCACUGCUGUUAAAGUUAUUUAUCAGUUUUGUUAGUUUAGAGCCCAGUUCAUACUUCCUGCGAUUGCGAUACGAAUUUUGACGCCACAAAUUUGCAGCGAGUAAUUUGCAUCAGUUGACUUGUGUUCAACUCCUGAAAAACAUUCGCUGCGAAGCCCUGUGUCGCAUUCGCACUCGUGAAUUGCAAGUAUUCCUUUGGAAUAAUGGCUCGAUACUCUGUUGAUUUGUAUAAAGCUUUCAUUUUAUUUUCAAGUUUUCCAUUUGUUCAAAUUUUAAUCAUUCAUUGUUGUUUUAAAAUAGAAAAUGACAUUUUGUACUUGGCUGUUACAUACAUUUAAGAUAAUUUAGGAUUGAACAAAGAAAAAUUUACUAGAACAGGAUUUGAACCAACGACCUUUCAGUUCAACAGGCCAACAUAGAGACGGCCAACAUAGACCUUAUCGCAAAUACCAAUGCGCAAGCGCAGACUGUUGAAUGAGGUGCAUUGUGGGAUAUAUAUGGAUCA